AUGUCUGAUACUAUCAAUAUUCAAGACAUGAAUGCCAAGAUGCAGGCUCUACUUGAUGCAUUUGAAGCCCACCCCCAGUGCAAUCCCCCUAACCGGCACCCAACUAUCUACUUCUUGUACGAUUUUGUCCGCAACAGCCACAACCGGCUGCAGGCUGUUGACCCCAACAAGUACGCUGCAGGUGACAACGCUGCCAAGGUAGCUGUAGAUGAGAUUGGUGGCCGCAAUAUGUUUGCUAAUACACUCGUCAACGACACUACUGGAAAGCUGGCCAUGCUGACCGGCGGCGACCCCUCCAACCCUGUUGAUUUUGGCCCCGAGAUCAAGGCCAAGGCGCUCAUUUUGAUUCAGUAA